AACAACAUGGAUCAACAGCCCUUAUCUUAGGGUGGAGGACACCAAUACCCUUGCCCCCGGGCGCAUGAUAUGUGCUCUACAUCGCAUACCCAAAUUAUCUAAGGGCAGAUUAGUCCUUUCCACUCGUAUAAUCUAAUCCUGACCUGGGUUUCGACACCGGAUUUCAUGGCCUUUAUAUAGAGGAAGCUGUGUUCCGGUGACCAGACAUCCUUGACACAGGAAACCCCAAGGACCAAGCUAGGGAGGAGAGGCAUAUAGCUUUGUCUCCCUCCUUCCCACCUGCACCAUCCUACCCCAAUUCUAUCUCAAUCCUAUGGGGAGGUCUCCUUGCUGCGAUGAGAAUGGCCUCAAGAAGGGGCCUUGGACACCCGAAGAGGACCAGAAGCUCACGGACUACAUCGAGAAGCAUGGCCAUGGGAGCUGGAGAGCGCUGCCUAAGCUUGCAGGGCUCAACAGGUGUGGCAAGAGCUGCAGACUGAGAUGGACCAACUACCUGAGGCCUGAUAUCAAGAGAGGGAAGUUCACACCUGAGGAAGAGCAGACCAUCCUCCAGCUCCAUUCCGUCCUUGGCAACAAGUGGUCAGCCAUCGCAAAGCACCUCCCUGGACGGACCGACAAUGAGAUCAAGAACUUCUGGAACACCCACCUGAAGAAGAAGCUGAUCCAGAUGGGCUUCGACCCGAUGACGCACCGACCGAGGACCGACUUCUUCGCCGCUCUGCCACAGCUCAUCGCGCUAGCCAACCUCCGCCAGCUCGUGGAGCAGCGCCCGUGGGAUGACCAAAGUGCCAACCAGCUGCAAGCCGAUGCAGUCCAGGCAGCAAAGCUCGAGUACUUACAGUGCCUGCUUCAGUCGGCAGCAGCCAUUGCGACUAGUCCCAGCUCCAGCAGCAUCAACACCAUCCCCACUGACCUGGAGCAAAUCGGUCUCCUGAGCCCUUCGCAGAUGUCUUCCUUGUCUUCGCUGUCAUCUCCAAGGAUCCUGGAGGGUAUUAAUGGCCAAGACUUAGUAACUGGGCAAGUGUCUGACAUCCAGAUACCUAGUAGCUCAUUCUUCGAACACGAACAGCCUAUCAUCAAUGGUACCAACCAGAACUCAGAUUACAGUGCAAACAGCGGCGAGGGGGAGAAUAGCACCCAGAAACCGCUGCUCCUGUCAGAGGACUCCCUUCCGCCACUUGCCGACUUCUCUAUUUCCAACCUCGGCGAUGCUUGCAGCACCUCAAGCUGUCACGCUGAGGGCAACAGCACCCAACUCCCUAUUUGGUCCGACUCAUUUUAUGAUGAGUUCAUGAGCGAGUUUGCAUGAGUUCUGACUGCAAGUGUGUGCUACCCUUUGGUUUGCCUUUUCAAUUUUAGUUUCUCACAUCUUACCUCUUAUUUGUGAUGUGAUUUCCAUUGUAGUGCUGUAGCUCCAGUUGGACUUUUUAGCGCUAUAGCUUUCCGCGUGCAUUGGCAACCCAUAUGCUCCUAUGCAUAUACAGUAUACGCCAAAACACUUGUACAUAUACAUCUGCUCCUAUAUAAAUUUUCCAGCUUGAA